GAGUGGAUUUGGUUGCCAACGAGCUGAUAAAGCGUGAUAUCUGCUUUCCUGUCGAAGUCUGGAUUCACACAAGUAACAGGAGCGAUGGGGAAGAAAGGAAAAGUUGGAACAAGCAUAAUAUUCGAUAAGAGAGCAGAAAACCAUGUCAAAGGAUACCACCCUCUGGGUGAUGUGGCAAACUCGAGCAUUGGCGCCAUCAAACAUCUCGAUCUUGGUAGCGAUGAAUGUGUCACAGAUGCCGUCUUGUACAAGUUAGCUCGUGCACCAGGAUGGGAUUUCAAAAAGUUGGAGACAAUAAAUCUCUCUGGAUGUCGAUAUGUGACAGAUCGCGGGAUCAAGUGGCUGUCGGAAAUAAUGAAGAAGUCUGACAGUAUUGAACAGGUUCAACUUGAUGGCUUAGAAAACGUCACCGAAAAUUGUUUUGCUCAUUUGGCGGAUACUGCAACAAUCAGGGUCAAGGUCACGUGCACAGGUUCUGGCGUUCGAUUCGUUAAACCUUAUAAUAAACAGCUCAUUAUUGACUCAGCAUCAGCAGCCAUUGAUGAGGUUUUCCAACAAAAAGCCGUACCACAGAAUAUAGGCCAUGUAGUUGUCUGUCCGGAACAGCACACAAGAUUCAGCCUGACAGCCUAUAUCGGACAGAAAAAGAAAGAACCCCUCAAGCCGUUGUUUUACCACUUGGGGGCCGGGAUUGCUUGGACAGAAAUCAGCCCUACACAUCCCUGGUUUGAGAAGAUCAUUCCUGAUGAGCCGUCUGUUGUCGUCAUUCCCUACGAUUCAUCGACCGCUGCUAACACAGUUGAAGACCAUGUGUUCAACAUCAUACGAUACUUCGUUGGCAGGAGUCCACCUGUCCAUAAAACGUACAGUGCAUGUCGGUUCAUCGUGGUUGGAAUUGGUGGAGAGCAUGCUCCGCUGAAGAAGGCUGACCUUUCUACAUCUCUCGGCAUAAAACAACUAGAGGACUUCAUCAAGGAAAAGGAGAGAACUUUGAACGAUUUAAUCCAACUGCAACAAGAACAAUACGCUGAGGCAAUCAAAAUGGUAGAAAACCUGAAGGCAUUCACAGAAACAAAGGGAAUGAUUGAGUUCAUGUCAGUCAAUAUAGAUGGCGCUGGCGGACUGCAAGAGUUCAUCAAAACUACUGCCGAUACCUUGCUCGCCGAUCGCCAACGUAGAGCGCAUCACUACUCUUUUCCAGCCGACUUCGAGAGCGUCUUUACAACCUUGAGCAAGCAGCAUGGCCAUGCGAUCACCAUGGACAAGUUUGAUGAAGAAAUCGAAAAAGUCAUCCAACCAGGUGACAUCAGACGAGACAAAAUGUUGGUGAAACUGUUUCAUAAUAUGGGAAGAUGCAUCUAUUUAGACAGUGACGCAGAAUCCUUGGUCAUCCUCAACAUCUUGUGGUUCUUCGACCUUAUGAAUGACCUCAUGACGACAAAGAUGACAAGUUGUACUAAUGUUAUCCCCUGCCUCACUCAAGACAUAGAAGGCUUGUCUGAGGACGAGAUGAAGACAUUGGUGAAGACUUGUGGGUCGGACUAUUGCCUGUUAAUGCGCCUCAUCUGGAUAAGUGGACCAGUCUUGACCAUCCCCUGCUGGAGGGAGGUACCAUCGGAUAUUGACAAGAUGGUGUCGGUCAAUCUACAAAAUGCAACCAAACCACCAGUGCCAUUGGAGCACUACUGGCAGGAAGGCAAAGAAGAGAAGAACCUCUACACUGCGAGUAACAUCUUCAAGUUGGUGUGUCCUCCCCCUGGGGAUCUGAUGUCGCGUGUGGCAGCCCUGGUGUCAAACGUGGCCCGUUUCCAAAUCUUGUCAUCCCAGGGAUAUGUCGUCCAUCAAGGCGCUGUGGAGGUGAUUCUUUAUAUGAAGAACAUGACUGAAAUCAUUCUCGAAGCACGCACAAUCUCACCUCCAGGGAAGGAGAGCAUGUUCGAAGAGAAGAAGGAUCUACGCAAGUACCUGUGGAGUGUUCUCAACCUCCAUUUUGAUUUCCUGGAGUUUAUCUUGAAGCAGAUCGGUGCCAUCUACAGUAUUGUGAGGAAAGGCGGCGACUGCGGACCAUGGAACUUCUCAAUCUGCUCACAUCACACGUGGGAGAAGCCGAUCGUUGCCGCUGGAGAGACUUUGAAGAAGAUGACAGUGUGUACGCUGUGCCAGAACUGUUCCUGUGAUGGCAUCCAUUGUGAUCAUAAUGGCGUCCCCGGCGGAAAGUAUCGUGAAUGUGGGUGCGAGACUGAUGUGACCGCGUGCUGGAAUUGCGGGAUAUGUCGGAGAUGUGCGGAGAUUGUUUGGAGAGUUAAAAGCUACCUCAGACCAAGCCAGGGGGAUUGGAAACAAAUGGUCCUGAAAGAUCUUCGCAACCCUGCCUGUAAGAUGUUCUUGACUGCCACAGACAUCAAUGUUGUUUUCAAUGAACUAGACAUCUUCACUCCGACUGCGGUUGGUCCUUACGUUGCCUUGAUUGACGUUGGCGGAGCAAGCAACGUGCAGAUAUUCCCUGGAAAUGUCACAACUAUCACAAAGCCAGUGGUCGACAUUGACCAAAACACCCUGAAGCCAAGCGCAAAAUGGAACAAGGGGGACCAGCUACAAGUCCGGCUCCUCACCCCUAAGGCGACAGUCAAGGAUCUUGACAACACAGCAUCGGAUGGCCUAAUGACUACACUUUUCAAUUCCCACAUUAGUAGACGAGUACGGAUAUGGCAAGCAGAAGGCAUUCUUGCCUACACACCCCUGACCAUGUCACCACCAGUCGGUCUCUAUGCUGGCAAACUUCCUCUCUCACCAGAGCACAACUACUUCGAAAUCGGAAUCCUUGACAUGGGCAAAAAGGGGACAAUUUCAUUAGGGAUUAUACCUGAAAAUUAUCCCAAUGAUCAGCAGAUCGGGUGGCGCGAUCGGUCAGUCGGUUACCAUGGUGAUGAUGGAGGUGUCUUCCUGUCGUCCGGGUAUCCGCAGAAGAAGUUGGUAACAUGGAAGGCUGGAGAUGUCAUUGGAUGUGGUGUCAACUUCAACGACGAUGGCACUAAGAAUUUAUAUUUCUCCCACAAUGGAGAGAAAAAGUAUGUCCUGACUGGAGUGGAUAGUCUGCCUAAACAAGUCUACCCAGCGGUAGGCUUCCAUUCCAAGUAUGAGAAAGUCCGGCUUCUAACAGAAAGUGUCUGGAAAGCAUAUGGACAAGUCGACAUGGUGAAGUCAGCCUUCCGUGAUCCAGAUACACUUUAUGGUGAAGACGUUCACAUUAGCCCGCGCAAGAAGCUAAUGUUUGAAAAGGCAUCCGGUUGGGGAGAUAAACGUAUCAGUUGCAUCUUCAUGAAGAAUGUGUCCAAGCAGUUUGUUGUCCUUAAGGUUGUGCCUAAAGCGAAGGAGUACCACAUUGCAUCGUUUAAUCCUGUGAUUAAACCUGGUGAAGACCGAGUUGUCUACAUUCGAAGUGACUGCCAAGAUGUGAACAAAGACUUGACUGGGGAUAUGUUUCAUGUCUUCUACGAAGUCGUCAGCGCAACUUUGGAUGAAGAUGACUUGGCAAAUAUAGCAGAUAAAUUGGAUACAUCAAGAGAUGGGAAAAAGUGCCACAAGCUGAGAUUUGAUUGGGCUGGGAUAGAUUCGGCACAGUCAAAGCUGAAGCCAUUCGAAGAUGAAAAACCAAAUGGUGAUUCCGUGAUCCUAGAAGUGCGAAAGAAUGGUGCAGUGAUCCACAAGUAUUGGGUACCUAAAGCAACGUAUCAUGUUCAGUUGGCUUUCCCACAGGCGAUAUCCGAGGCUCUUAACAAGAUUAGCAUGCAUAUGCCUAGACAGCCGACGUUUGAUCUUCCUGAUGAUUUUGAGCCAGGAAUGCUGCUUGAGUAUUCUCCACCAGGAAUGGACGUGUUUGUCGCUGGCAUAGUCAAGGAAGUCAAGCAGAAGGGCCAAUUAGUGAUUGAGCCAAAAUACAGGCCAAAAGAUUCCGAUGUCGAAGUGGUGUACACCACCUUAGAUUCCAAGUCUAGUGCUGUGAGGCCCAUCGCAAGACCUCCACAUGAAUUGCCAAAACUACGAGGAAUUGAACCUACCGAUCUGUGGGACGUAGCACCCCCUGCGUUGUUUGCACCAGACCAGAUCAAGCCGAAUAUGGUUGAGCAUCUCUGGGGGUUCUGUAUCAAGCGUGGGACGCGAUGCAAGACAAAGUCAUAUUUGUACACAGUUCAGGAAAAACAGCUUGCUACCUUGUCCUUAGAGCUUCUCUUGUCAGACUCCACUGAUAAGCUUCCCGAUGAAAUGAUCCCCUGCACGUUCCUGCCACAGAAUCUCGAUGCAACGUUGGUACAGAACCCGAACAUGACACGUCUUGCGAAUUUCAUGGAACUAAAUGUGCAUCCACUUUGUUACCCAGUUGGCGAGUCUCACAACCUUGUAGCAAUGACAAGCCCUCAUAUCCUGGACAGCACUGGUGUACAGGCAUCAGUUGAACCUGAUCUGAUGUUCCGAGAGUUGACCACUGCUUGGGCUUUUGCAGUACUUGGAACAAGACAGCCUCAGUUAGGAGCUUGGUCGCAAUUGAUUCAGAACAGCUCGACUUCUCUCCAGAACAAGCACCAGGUGAACUGGCGACUGCAACAGAUCUUUUCCAUCUACGCUGCAACUGUGAGCAUCUUGGCCAAUCAUCAUAAUGGCAUCAUGGAGUUGGAGAGCUCGGAGGCGCACCAAACAGUCCUAGAGAUGUUGCUGAAACCAGUCAUCAUUGUGGACCAGGACAUCAAGUCAGGUUCAUGGUGCGAUCCAAAGAAAAUCAUCUGCGUCCCAGCUGAACCUGAGUACGUCUGCAUCGGGCAUUUCUACGCCAGGGAGCGUGAGCUUUGGCCGCCACAUGUCAAGUUCAAACCAGAAUUGUUUACGCCCUACGAAUCUGACCAACACUGCAUUGAAUUCAACUUGAAGUCAAUCGAAAAACUCCCUGAGAAAUUCUUCACAAAAUUUGACAACUUAGAGUACCUGCAGUUGAAAAAUGCCAACAGUCUUGAGGAAUUGCCAACUGAUUUUGGCAACUUUUCGAAAUUGCGUCAGCUCUGGAUGAAUGAUACGACUAUCAAGAAAUUCCCUGUUGCCUUGAACACCGACCAGCUCACACGGGUACAUUUGUGCGCGAGCAAAUUCACGGACAUCCCUGAAAGCAUCUGUGACCUGCCGAAUCUUGGCAUCCUCGACAUGAGCGACAAUCCAAUCAGUAGAAUCACGCCUAGUAUUGCCAAGUUGAAGAAGACCUUGAAAACAUUGAAUAUCUCUGGCAUUCCUUGGCUGAGCUUCCAGAAUUCGGCGAGUAUACUCCCUCCAGACUGGUACAAGCGGGAGAACUUCACACCUGCACAGAAACAGAACUUGAAACUUAUUUCGGAAAUGAAACUCAACAAAUUGUUUAAAGACUGUGAUACUGACCAUAAUGGGAUGCUGGACUCCAAGGAGCUGCCCAACAUGAAUGCUCAGAUGUUCUUCCUCGUUCCUAGGAUAGGGCAUGACUAUGAACCUGGAGAUGCGGAUGGAGGAUUUCCCAUGGAGGUUCUAGAAUUAGAAGGACUCGAGGACCUAUACCUGGAGAACCAGGCCAUCCAUGAUGUCCCACCAGAGAUUGAAAGGUUAACUAAGCUGCGCCACCUAAGUUUGAAAUAUAAUCCACUCCUAGAAACGAUUCCCGGAACAAUAGGUGGCAUGAAAAGCGUCGAGACCAUCAACCUGCGUUGUUGCCCGUCAAUGAAAACGCCGCCGGGUGAAAUAAUCAGCCGGGGCAUCAUUGCAAUCAAAGCCUACCUCAAAUAUCUGUUCGGAGAUGAGACAGAGUGCCACCGGACAAAACUGAUGCUCGUUGGCCUUGGCGGCGCUGGGAAGACAAGUUUGUUGCGUGCAUUGACGUGUGGCGAAUACAAAACGAAACCAACAGUUGGCGAAGACAUCACUGAUGGGAUCGACAUCGGGAGUUGGACUGUGAGUCGGUCUGACGAUAAGCAUAUCACGUUUAGUACGUGGGAUUUUGCCGGGCAGACCAUCUACUACAAUACUCAUCAGUUCUUUUUAUCCAAGAGGGCUGUGUAUCUCCUCCUUUGGACCACACGUCUUGGGUAUGAACAUGCCGGCCUCGAUUUCUGGUUGAGCUCUAUAUCAUGUCACGCACCAGAUACACCCAUCUUCAUUGUGGGGACACAUUGUGAUCAGGUUGCGAAAUCAGAGCUUCCUAAACAGGAAUUGAUGAAGCAAUACAAGCAGAUUGUUGGAUUCCAUUUUGUCAGCUCAAUAACUGGCACGGGUAUUCGAGAGCUACAGGAGGAGUUACUUGAGUCUGCGCUUGGCCAGCAGUACAUGGGAGAAAGGGUACCGAAGAUUUGGAUGGACCUGGAGAAGAAGGUCUUGGAUAAUCGGCGUAACACAAGCAUUAUGAAGUGGAGCGACCUACAAGCUCAUGCUCUCGAAGUUGGUAUCUUUGAUGAGAAGGAUACAAAACAAGCCAUCCAGCUUCUGCACGACCUUGGUACAGUGCAGUACUUCGACAACGACUUCCUGCGAGAACACAUCGUGAUCAACCCGCAGUGGAUUGUGGACGUGAUGUCCUGUAUCGUGUCUGUGAAGGAAUCGCCUAUAAGGGAUGGUAGAUUCUUCCAUAAAGAUAUGAAGAUAAUCUGGAAGAAGGAACGUGAAGAUCUCCACAAGUGGCUGCUCAGGCUGACUGAGAGAUUUGAUCUGACGUUCCCGCUUGUCACGGAGGAAAAAAUCAAUGUCGUCCCUUGUUUGCUACCUCAGCAAGAACCUGGGAUUGAUUGGAUGGAUACGUCUCUUCCCGAGAAUGACUCCAUUCGCGAGAUGAAGAUUGUCUACAAGUUUUCCUACCUCCCUGCUGGCCUGUUCAACCGUGCCCAAGUCCGUCUGUUCGAGUUCUCUGAUAGUUCACGCAUCUGGAAGCAGGGGUCGCUACUCUCAAAGAAUGGUCAUCAAGCUCUUAUCCGACAAACAAAUGACCAGGAAUUAGUUGUGCGUGUGCAAGGCCUGCGACCACAGAAUAUUGUGUUCAUGAUCCACGAAGUGUUUGAGCUACUCAUCAAGGAAUCAUUCAAUGGUGUUCAGUGCGAUUUGUUUCUACCAUGCCCCGACUGCCUCAACAAGGAGAAAACCAAAAACCCAGCGUUAAUGAAGGCGACACUGAUCCGCCAUGCUAUGGAGCUGAAGGCCCCCUAUCUUCAAUGUCGGAAGUACUUCCACACGAUCUCGAUGCCGGAAUUACAAGCAAUUGUUCCGCCAGACAGCACAAUGGAUUUUGAUGUUCAGAUGGAGGCUAGUAUUCUGCUGCUGCGCGACUUGCGCCAGGAAAUGGCAACAGAUGUAUUCAUGCUGUAUUGCAGUGAGGAUCUUGCGGUAAAUGGUGGAGGCCCUGUGUGCCCUACACGACUGAAGGCUGAUAUAGAAAAAGAGGGCUAUAAAGUUACAUUCCCCAACGCCAACACAAGUGUCGAAGACAUGACUCUCGGAUUGAAGGACUGUAAGAUGUUGAUUGUCUGCAUGUCAAACGCCUUCGAAGCAGACUACCAACUGUGUGAUCUCUUCCUGUACGCACGCGACACCCUCGGCAAGCCAUUUCUUGUCUGCGGCAGCGGACAGAACAUGAAUUGGCAGAGAGGCGUGACAGGUGGAAAGAUGGCGUUUGUUGUCAGUGACGUGGUUUACAUCAAUUUUACCAGAAUUGAUAACUAUGAGGUCAAAAUGAAAGAAUUGAAGUCAAAGGUCAAGGACAAGUUGGACAAAGCUGCUGCUGAGAAAAAGUUCCCCCAGUGCUUUUUGAGCUACUGUUGGGCAAAUUCCAACGAAGCCAUCAAGCAUGGUUACAGAGUUGAAGACGACAACACACUUGGCUGGGUCGAUCCACGCGAUAUGAAAAAAAAGCUCGAGGAGGCUGGGAUAUCGUGUUGGUUGGACAUCGAACAGGCGGGAGCCAAGGGAUUGUUCGAGGACAUCAGUGACGGAAUAAAGUAUGCUGAUGUGGUGGUGGCCUGCGUGUCCCGAGAGUACAAGAACUCAGUAAACUGUAUGAUGGAGCUGAGGUUUGCUGUGACGACCAUGAACAAGCCUGUUAUAUUCGCUUCGGUAGGACAAGGUGAUGAGUGGGAACAUGGCGAGAUUGGAAUGCUCAUUGCCAGGAAAAAACAUGAUCUGAAUGACCCGAACGCCAUGCCGAAAAUAAACUUCCAGGAAGAGAGCAAGAAUUCCUUCAGUAAAUUAGUGACGAAGCUGAAGGCAUAUCUCCCUGAUGGCAUCAAGCCUGGUCUUGGUGGAACCAUGAAAGUUGCACGGGGACUUCCCAGGGCUGGAUUGAAGUCGUCUGUUUCUAACAAUAACAUUGUAUUUCAAGAAGAGUACGAGUUGUUACAGCGGAAGUAUUUGCGUCAGGUGACCUGUUUCCCAACAGAGGGAUAUUAUCCACGGAUAUUCGUCCUCGAUUUUGCUGACGAGAAAAAGGAAGAGCAGAAGAAAUGCUCAGACAAGUUUAGCAUCGGACCACAAUGCAAUGCCGAUGUCUCUGAAGUGAAGGAAUGUGACGGAGUAGUAUCAGAAGAUCGUAAAAAAAGCGCACGGCCCAAGAGUUCCAUGAAGAGAGAAAAGACGCUUGUCAAUGACAGCGGCGCUCUGAGCAACGAUUGGCGAGAUGCCAAGUUCUGCUUCCGGAUUCUUUGUGAACAUGACCAGGGUUGGCAUGAGUGCAGCACAAGCAUUGACUACAACGUUUCAUCUGAACGCAAGGUCAUGUUCAUCAAUUCGGUUGCGCCAUAUCUGCUGCGUAUGUACAACAUCCUCAAGCACAGUGGCAUCAUGCUCAACUGUCUUGGUGGAACAAAGGGUGAGAAGUACAUGUCCUUUAUUAGAGAGAGCGUCUCUGGUGACGUCCACGCGGAAUUGAAAGCUUCAUACAUUCGCUGUCAAAACAUGGUCAGGCGGUAUGACCCAGAAAGAAAGAUGGGCAACUUAGAGAGAUGCUUGCUGCCCAGUGGUAAAAUAUUAUGGUUGUGCAAGGAUCAUCAGGAGAAGAAACGUGUCAUAGUCCUCAACUCGGACAUGUCAUCUGGUGAGAUGGGUGAACAGGUCGUAUUUGAAGAGGAUCAUCACCUAAAGGAGGCGCUAGUCAAGUACGCCCACAUGACACAGCCGUAUCGCAUGAAUCGGCCCCCAAAUAAGAAGAAACUUCAGACCAAAAACGAGUCAGACAAUGAGCCUAAUAAAGGAGCAUGGAAAACCACCCAGCUCUCGACCCCGAUGAAGAAGAAGUUCAAAGCGGCAGGAGUAGCAGCAGCAGUUGCCGGAACAUACGACCAUAACCAUGCCAAUGGGAGAGUCGAUAUGGACAAGGGAAGCAAGACUUGUACUCUUAUGUAACUUUACCCUCUCCACCCUGGAUUGGAGCAAACGACAUUUACUUCCCACUUUUUCUCCAAAAUUAUAACUGGCCAGGUACAAUACAGAAAGAGACUUUUGUUAGGAUUCAUUGAAAUUUUGAAUCCCAUUGAUAUUUAUGUUGCAGCUGCUAAAAGUAUUAGGCGGCGAUGUUAGAUACAUGUAGCUUCUUUCUGUCAUAAUGAGUCAUGUCUUUUUUAUAAAGGCUGUGAGUUAUUCAGGUGUUUAUUUGCAAUAUACACACAAGUGCCAAAUAUUAACCAAAAAUAGUGAUGCGAUUACGUUUAGAUCAAGUCAAUUAACAUUAUAGGACAAGAGGCACAAUUGAAUUAUUUAAAAUGUUCUUCCCUAUUUAACUAUGUUUAGUGUAGUCUUGAUAGGUGUUGGCAGCAAUCGAUGAUGUUCUGAAAUACUGUUACAGGCUGCUGUACAGCUGACAUGACCUGACUGAAAUGACCACGAAAUCAGAAACAGAAGACCUGUUUUUCUGGCCUUAUUGUGAUCAUUUCUUGAUUGAGCAAUACUGUGAUGAAGCAAAUGACUGCUGAUGCCACACAUCUAUAUGUGGACUUAAAGGGUGUCUCUAAACCAAACGGAGCAAAUAUUGGCUCAUUCAGCCAUGUUGAAUGGUAUUUUGUGAACAUCUUUAGGUCAAGAUGUAUUUGUGAAAUUUGAAACCAGUGUGUAUAUAUAUUUUGUAGUAUUUACCUCAAUCUAUUUUGUAGCUUUACUCUUUAUUUUUAUUCAUUGACCCCGCCUGCCAAAGAAAAUCCAACUUAAAGGGUUAUUUUCCCGCCAAGUAAAUCUUCCAUAAAGUUCUUUUUUGUGGGCUAUGGAAAUUAUACUCUAGCCCAGAUUCCAAUUGUGAUGGAAAUGCAUAAUUGAACAGUCAGCUGAGGGCUGUUUCUGUGUCAUUUGCAAUAACAUUCCAAUGUCAAACUGUGAUAAACUUUGUUCAGGUACAAUGUAGACAAUAAAACUAUUCUUCUGA